AUGCAAUUUAAGGAGGCCACCAUCAAGAAAUUGGAGGGCCUCCAGAGCGCUGAUGAUCUUCUCUUCCAUAUCCCUGAUGAAGUCCAACAAGCGUUCAAUGUCUUCAAGGAGACUGGGAACUGGACCUUUCCCCACAGGUCCUUCACGAUCUGUCGGCCUGAUCGCGAUGCAGCACCUGUGGCAGAUCCGGGCUCGAUUGGAAUAGGGCUUGACACCCAUGGAUUCUUUGCCUCCAAAGUCCCCAAAGAGCGGAUUGAGAAAGUCAACGACGCGAUGGAACCGGAUCCUCCCCUCAAUGCCAACAAUCAGAACUUGAAGAACAUCCGUGAUGCUUUGUAUCCAUCUGUUGGUGGCUUCGUAGAUUCACUUGUGAGAAAGGUCCCGAAGGCCCCAUACAAAUGGCGCCAUGCCUGCCUGUCGGAGAUCCGUGACUUCUUGCGGAGUGAGAGGGAUUCUGGGAGGUACCAUCCCAUGAUUAGCUUCGGUUUAGAUGACUGA